CAGGCUACGUCACUGCCCCAGCGCGGGAAAACCGAAACGUGCGCUCCGAGACUACCGGGAAGGCCGCCUGCCCCUCAAUCUCCUCAGUGUGUUCGCCACGAACGGCAACGUGUCUCUGACAUCCCAGCCGCGAGGCUUGUCUCUCCCGAAAACAUUCCCUUUCAUCGCAAAUACAUUGUCUCUUUCGAAAGAGAUCGAUACACAAUGCCACUGAUAUUAGACACAUCCCCACUUCGCAGAGCCGUGACGUCGUGCCUCCGCGGACGGUACAGUAUCGCGGGCGUUUGAAUCGGAGAAUCGACUGUCACUAUUCGCGAAUGUGGCGGACACUGACGUAGAAAUCUGAGUUGGUCAGACGAGGGUUUCAGUGCGGCGAUGGACAACAGCUGAGCGCCAUGAGGGGCCUCCUGGUGGUGUCGUCGCUCCUGCUGCUGUGCUGCGUCGAUCGCAUACCGGCCUCCACAAAGAAAACGGAGGCACGUCGCGAUCAUUGCAACAAGACGGUGGACAUCUAUGAGGAUGUGUCGAGCCCGGAAGUGACGUCAGAGACGGCGGGCCGGCCGAUGACGUGCUGGUACCGCUUCCGGUCGUUCCGCGGCACCCCGCGAGACUGGGUGCUGCGCAUCCGAUUCAAAAAGUUCAAGGUGGGCGUGCUCGCCAACAGCACCCACUGCCUCGGCGGAUAUGUCCAGAUUGUCGAUGGCAACGCAAAGACGGACGUGAGCAACCGCAAAGACCCGGGCAUGUUCUGCGGCGAGACUGAACAACCGCAGACGUUCAUCUCGGAGACGAGCUUCGUCAAGGUGGUGUUCCACGUGGACAACUUCACGGACCAGACCUACUUUAGCUUCGAUUCCCGAGCAGAGCAGCAACUGGAGGUGUACCUGCGGUACGGCCACCAUCCUGAGCUCUAUCCCAACAGGAGGGGGGAGGUGAUUUCAGGGUCCUACUGCGAGCGCGUGUUCCGCGACUGCCGCCUGCAGACGUGCUACGUGCAGUCUCCCGCCUACCCAGGCGUCUACCCCAGGGGGCUGCACUGCCGCUACCACCUCAACACCAGGCAGCCUUUCAUCAAACUGUACAUCGAGAACGAGGAGUUCAACAUCGACGGACAACGAUGCGAAAACAUCAUGAUGUGUCCUAUGAGACCGAUCUCAUCCGGACAAGAAAAUUGUCCCUACGACUACAUCAAAAUCUACGAUGGCAAGGACGAAUCCUCGCCUGUCAUAGGUGUGUUCUGCGGCAUGGGAAAGUUCCCGUACUCCAUCAUUGGCACGUCGGAGGACCUGCUGGUGGAGUUCUCGAGCUCGGCGGCGGGCCCGCUGCUGAACACUGGCUUCCACUUCAACGUGGGCAGCUGGCCGGGCCACGUGGAGACGGCGGGCGUGCGCAACGGCACGUGCGACUGGCUGCUGAGCUCCGAGGCUCUCGCCUCCUCCGGGGACUCUGAGGGCAUCUUCCUGAGCGUGGCCCACUGGUACCCGCCGCACACCUCCUGCACCUACCUCAUGCGCGGACGCCCCGGCGAGGUCGUCCGCCUCUACUUCCCCAGUUUCCGCAUCAACACAAUUGAAGCACCUAUCCGCGUGUUUGACGGGGACUGCGGCGAGUCGCUGACGCUGUACGACGCGUCGUGGGCGGACGACACGCGCAUCAUCAAGACCUUCUGCGACACCUUCUCUAGGGCCAUGGAGAAGCACGACUUCGUCUCCACCGGCAGCUCGCUCUUCGUGCGUUUCGAGAGUAAGACGGGCAGCUACUCUGGGUCUUCGCUGUACUACUGGGCGCACUACGACUUCUUCAACGCGAGCACCAGUGGCGACCCGGUGGCGGGCAGCGCCUGCGACGAGGUGUUCCCCGCGUGGCGCCGCGCCUCAGGGUACCUGCGCUCGCCGCUCAACACGCUGGUCUACAAGCGGCACGCCGACCCGCACCACAGCGUGCGCUGCCAGUACCGCUUCGUCACCGACCGGAGGCUCUUCGCCAGGGUCAUCCUCACCAUAGAGUCCAUGGCCUUCAAGGACAACACGUACGUGACGAGCAAGUGCAGCGACUGCCUACGCGACCGCGCGGACAAGCUGGUGGUGCUGGAGCCGGAGGGCGGCGCGGCGGCGCUCAACUGGUCAGCGUCGGCGUGCCUGUGCCACGGGGGCGCGCAGCUGCCGCCGCUGUCGGUGGUGUCGCGCGGCGAGCGCCUCACGCUGGAGCUGCGCGUCGACGCGGCGCACGCCGCCUCCAGCUACUUCAAGCACGCGCCGCCGCUGUUCGAGGCGCGCUACCGCUUCGUGCACGCGCCGCUGUGCGGGCCGCCGCUGCUGCCGCCCGCCACCGACGGUGAGCUGCGCUUCCCCAACUACGAGGCGCUGCUGGGCAACGUCGAGCCUCCCAGGACGGUGCACUGCAUCUGGGAACUGCAGGUCCAUAGGGAUCGCGACCUGUGGCUGAACGUGGACCGAAUGAAGUUGGAGAACGGGGCGUGCGACGAGAACCGGCUGGAGGCGUUCGUGUCGGGCCGCGCGGCGCCCUUCCUGUCCAUCUGCAGGGAGAACGUGGCGGCGGCGUCGCGCGAGCUGCCCAUCCUGACCGCCGCCGACCUGGCGGCGUCGCUGCCGCCGCGCGCGCCUCCGGACGCCGUGCCGUCGGUGCGGCUGGUGUUCCGCGCCAGCGUCUGGCCCGCCAUGCCCACCUUCAAGAUCGCGUGGACCGAGCUGUACCGCCUGCCGCGCAACCCGGACGGCACGCUCGCCACCUCGCGACUCACCGAGGCGGCCGCCGGCUCCGAGCCGUGCGAGUUCGUCUGCCCGGGCCAGUCCGGCCUGUGCAUCCCGAUGCGGCUCGUCUGCAACGGCGUCGUCAACUGCCCGUCGCAGGCCGGCAACGCCAGCAGCGCCGGCGCCGGCGCGGCGGCCGGGUCCGCAGCGUCGUCGUCUCCCGAGGCGGGCGUCGCGGCGGCGGCGGCAGACGACGAGAGCGGCGAGAUGUGCGCGCGCCAGGAGGCGGCGCCCGUCAACUGGCUGGCCGUGGGGCUGGGGGCGGCGGGAGGCGGCAUCAUGGCGGCCGCGUGCCUCGCCGUGCUGUGCCGCGCGUGCUGCCGCAAGCGGCACGCCGACGACGACGGUGUUUCUGUUAUUUAUGUUGUAAAUAAUUAA